UUAUAAUGUCUUACACAUGCAAAAGGUCUUGACUUGGUUUUUGUUUCUUUUGUAAUAUAAAAUCUCGAUUGACCUCUCAAAAUUGAAACAAUUAAUCUUUCUUUCCCGUUUGGUUUGGGAGUACGUUGCAAACCGCGUCUUCCAUAGCCACUCGGCUUCUGCUUUCUUUCUCUUUCUCAAAAGAACCCAUAACCAUAACCAGAAGAACCAGAAACAACAACAACCAACUUCCUCCAUUGUCAUUGCCAUUGCCAUGGUGGUUUCUUUUCAUAAUCUUCUAUAACCCUUUUGUUGAAACUACGUUAGAAUUAAUCACCCCCAAAUGCUUUUCAGCUAUGCGUUGGUUACCCACCAUAUCUUUUUCUUCUUCUUCUUCUUCUUCCUCUCUCAGAGCUUCUCCGACCCGACCCGGAUCCGUUGACUCUGGGAACAAGACAUCUUCUUCUGCAACAGGGGAUCGUCGGGUAUGGCGAUUCGGGUCAAGAAUAAAGAGCUCUCGUCACAGAAAGUUUCGACCUUUAAGCGACCGUGAUGUUGUUUCUGGUUCUGGACAAUCCAAAUGGUCUGAUUCCCAAUGGGGUCUUCAUAAAUCUGCUAGUAGUCAUGAUAGGAUACCCACUCGUUCUUCCUCUGCUUCGGCUCUUCCUCAACCCCUCCCGUUGCCGGAGAUUUCCCCUGUUUGUCGCCGGAAAGAGGGAUCGUUGGUGGCUGGUUCUAAUCCUUCUCGGGAUUCUGAUUGCCCUCUUCCCUCGCCCAAGCUUAAUGGGUACACCAAAGGAGUUGAGGACAGAGCUGACCAUGGUACCGGAGAAGGUGCUUCGGCUACUGCUAGCCCUAAAACUCAGCGUAUGUUUUCUUCCCAAGAGAUGAAAAGUUCAGAUUUAUCUGAGAGGAGGCCAGUUUGGAAAGGUCGUAGAAAUGAGAAUGGUUUAGAGAAUUUCAGAGUUGAGGUUCCAAUUAGGAGUGCCCCAACUAGUCCUUUCUCAAGUCCUGCACUUAGUCCCCAAAGACCAAGUUUUGAUAUGACAAAAUACUACCGUUCAAUGAUUCCUAAACCAAAUCAAGUUUGGUCAGCACCAGAGAUGCCAUUCACAGAUAUGAUGACAGGUCCUCCUCCUGCAUACUAUGAUGGUUCUCCAUAUGGUUCUCCAACAAAUAGUCCACCAGGAAGAAGUAUAAGCCAAAUGUGUAAAAGCCCAAAUGGAUCUUCAUCCCCAUUAUUCCAAGGAAGAUUGUCCUUUGACACCAUUUCAUUACGUAGGGAAACUAUUGCUCCUCCUGAGGUUCAUCGUUUACCUCUUCCUCCUGUAGCUGCAACCCCUACUCCUCCACCCUCUUCUUCCCAUCAUGUUCCACAAGUCAAUUCUAAACAAGAACCUGUUUUGAUGCAAUGUCAAUGGCAAAAGGGAAAGAUCAUUGGUCGUGGAACAUUUGGAAGUGUUUAUGUUGCUAGCAAUCGUGAAACUGGAGCAUUAUGUGCCAUGAAAGAAGUUGAACUAUUUCCUGAUGAUCCAAAAUCUGCAGAGUCUAUAAAGCAGUUGGAGCAGGAAAUCAAAGUACUCAGUCAGCUAAAACAUCAAAAUAUUGUCCAGUAUUAUGGUAGUGAAACAGUUAAAGAUCGAUUUUAUAUAUAUUUGGAGUAUGUUCAUCCUGGUUCAAUAAAUAAGUAUGUAAGAGAACAUUGUGGAGCCAUUACAGAGUCUGUUGUUCGCAAUUUCACUAGGCAUAUUCUCUCUGGAUUAGCUUACUUACAUAGCAAAAAGACCAUUCACAGGGACAUUAAGGGGGCUAACUUGCUGGUGGACUCAUCUGGUGUUGUUAAGCUUGCUGAUUUUGGAAUGGCUAAACAUCUUAAUGGACAUGUAGUGGAUCUUUCUAUGAAAGGAAGUCCAUAUUGGAUGGCUCCAGAGCUCAUGCAUGCAGUGAUGCAAAAAGAUAACAACGCCGAUCUUGCUUUCGCUAUUGACAUUUGGAGUUUGGGUUGCACCAUAAUCGAAAUGCUCACUGGAAAACCUCCAUGGAGUGAAUAUGAAGGAGCUGCAGCAAUGUUUAAAGUUUUGAAAGAUUCCCCACCUAUACCCGAAACACUAUCAUCAGAGGGCAAGGAUUUCUUGCAAUGCUGCUUUAGGAGAAAUCCUGCAGAUAGACCAACUGCAGCCAUGUUACUCGAACAUCGAUUUUUAAAGAAUUCACAGCAGUUAGAUGUCUCCCCUUGCAAACAAGCAUUUAAUGGGAUUAACAUAGCGGAUAAAACUACUCAUAGUCCAACAAAAACAAUAACUGAAGACAAACAUGGUCAAUCCACAUAUUCUCUAAGCACUAAUAACGGAGAAAAAUUUGCCUCAGAGAGCUCCAGCUUUGUCUUCACAAGAUAUUGUUUUGCUCCAGUGAGACUGGACACCAAACUCGUUGUUGGGAUACUUCCAAGCUGACCGUGGCGCCCCCCAAGCACAGCCGUUCACCUCGCUCUACCCUCGAGGCUCUUCCAAGCUUAUCUCCUCCACAGUCACCUCGCACAGCAGCCUAUUGGCCCUUGCAUCAAGCAGCAGCAGCAGCAGAAGCUAAGCUGAAAAGAGUGGCGUUUUCAGUUGACAUGUAGAGAGGAAAUUCCUACUUCAUGUAAUUUUGUUUUGGUAUAUAGUUUGGUCACAAAUUUGAGUUAUGUAAACUCUGCUGAACACAAAAGAAAAUAUCAUGAAGUUGUGUGUAAUUUAGAAAUCAGUUUUUUUUUUUUUUUGGUUGCUCACUUAUCUAGAAAUUCCAAUUUUUGGUUUUGUUUUUUGAUCAUAUUUUUCACCAACAUGUAUAAUAAAAUUUGAAUCAAAAGUGGAUAUGUAGGUAUUGUUAGUAAAUUCCAUGUUUUUUUUUUCUUAAU